CUGCUUUCAGGUGAAACAUCAUAGGGAUUUCUUAGCGUUUGCUACAUACUGUGAAUAUCCCCGUGACGGAAAGGACUACAACGUAUUACAAGAAUCAAGGAGCUUUAACAAGAAUCGCGUUUGAAGACCCACAGGGGAAAGGACCAUAUCUUAAGAAUGGCGUGUUCUUAAGGCAUUGAGGUGGCUUUUUUCUUCUUCGGAGCGGAGCCUACCAACCUGGGUCUUUACAAGUUGUAGUAUAGAUGUGAUCGCAACAAAACAAGGGAUCGCGCCCGAGUGUAGCGGGAAAUACACAAGGAAUACUUGACUCGUCUUUCUUCAAGAUUUUCCUGGAGGAAAACUGCUCGCCAACACACCUUGUGAGGAAUUAGAAGUUUCAAGAAAACACGAAUGAGAACUGAAGAUUGAAAACGUGUGAAACAUUUGCCUCCAACAGCUUCCAACUCGUGGGCUGUGUAAGGAGGUUUCCAGACAACCGUAGCGCCGUUUUAAUGGGACGGUUACGAGGCACAUAAAGGGUUUUUGAAGUCUCCAUGUCUCACCUGUACAUUCUCACCUGCCUGUGUCUUGGAUCACAAGACGUAAGACAAGGAAAGGGACAAGGUCUUACAGCAGUCGGGAAUUCGGAGCUCGCCGAAAAUUUCGCCAAGUGACCAAUGCCAAGUGACUGAGCCAUGCACGUGACCAUCCACGUGACCUGAUGGCGACUGAGACGAUUCUAACCCCGGGGGUGGAGGGGCUGUUCCAGCGGAAACCGUCAAGUGCUGCGAUCCUGUCGGACCCUCGCGUGUUGGCGCACCUGCAGCAGCUGCAUGACACCGCACAGGCCAACGGGCACCUGCUCGGCCAUGACGACGCCCCGGACCGCGACACUCUGCCGGAGACCGUCGCUAACUACAACCGCAGGAACCCCAUGGAGGCGUUCAAAGUCGUCCUCAAAAACAAAACCGAGUACGAGGGCGCUUUACGGUUCUACUACGAGGACGGGGAACGAGAGGUGACCAAGGCCGUGCGCGUGCGCAAUACGACCACGGUAGAAGAUCUCGUGCCCAUCCUUGAGGAGAAGUUUAACCUUGGCCCCGCCAGUGAUGGGGAGGGGAGGGUUCUGUUUCAAGUUCAAGAAGGAGACGCCAUUCUGCUGGACGGAGAAGAGCGCCCCCUAGAGAUCGCCGUGAGUGUGCGCAGCACCCCCAGGUUCGUGCUCAGGAACAAGGGCAGCUGGAGGCAAGAGGUAGUAGCCCAGAUCUACUGCUGCACGCCAGCCAGCCGACGCAGACUAGUGCAGCAUUACGGCAUCGAGGCGGAGUUUGAGGAGUACUGCCGCCAGCAGCUCAAGAGGCACAGCGGGUCCUCGGAAGGCUCCUCAAGAUCCGGGGACGGCCGCGUCUUAAAGUCACCUAGGAGGAGGAACAAGCACUUUCUUAAAGGAGUGAGCGUGUCUUGGGAAUCCCGCGCCGCCAAGGACGAGGAUGACGGUUGGCGGGUGAGGGGCCGGCAGUGGAAGAGUUUUGGCGGGAAAAGUUCUGGCGGGAAGUUGAGAAAGUCGAGCAGCCUUCCUUCACUCUGCGAGGCUCUGGAACUGUUCGACUCGACGCACUCGCUGGCCGGUCACGUGAUGAACGGGUCGCCUGGCAACCACAGCGCGGGCGGCUCCAGCCUGUCGUCUGCCAACACGUCGUUCGGCUCAGGUCGCCAUGACGACAGCAUGGUGGGGUCACCCGAGGUCACCGGCGUCAGGCAGCCGUCCAAGAACCGGGCGCGGAAAAGUCUGGGCAAGACGAAGUCGGUGUCUCAGAUCUUCCAGCGAGGCUUAAGUCUGAGGGGGAAGAAAAAGGAGGGAUCUCCCUCAGAACUGUCCACGGACAUGACGGCACCAGGUGUGCUUAAGGUGUUCGGUGCCAUGAUUGAACAAGGUGCGAACUACAAGAGUGUGUUAGCCACGCGGGGGUCAACGGCCAGAGAACUGGUCAAGGAGGCGCUGGAGAGAUACUCUAUAGACAGAGACACACAUGCGGAUUACGUGCUGUGUGACGUCAUCGGGAGAUUGCGGGAUCCCCGUCCGGAUGAGAUUACCCAUCAUUCCCCAGGAAAAAAAGGGAAAAACGAAGAAAAGAUUUGGGAGGAGGAGUGCGUCCGCGUCAUCGGAGACAACGAGAAGCCAUUGGAGAUUCAGUCGCUAUGGAAACCGGAAACCGGAUACUUCAGAAGAUUUGAGAUGCGGAGACGAGAGGAGAUCCACCUGCUGCAGUGUGAUGAGGUGGACACGGUUACGGCGGGAAUCAACGCCCAGGCACGCCGGAUAUCACGCGGCCGGUCGCGAACGGUCGGGGAGGACGAACUCUCACGCGACCUCAAGGACAUCGGAAACAGCUUAGAGCUGAACUCCAGACUGGAUGACAGCCAUGACCAGGAGCCUGAGGAGACGGAGAGUUCGCAGGGCACAACCUCGGCGUACAGCGUGCGACCGCCUGUGGACUUCCCUUUCCUGCUCACCAUCCGCGGCUGCAACCCAGAACAGGACCUGCUACUGUACCUUCUCAGCGAACCGGUAGCCAUGGUGGGGCGCGGAGGGGAGGUGGGGGGUCCGGAGAGGGGGCCGGGGGACCAGGGGACAGAGACGGAAGGCAGCGCGACGCCCGAGCCGGUGAAAGUCGACAUCCUCCUGUCCGGACAGGACAUCCUCCCGCAGCACUGCUGGCUGUGCAGGAAGGCUGCAGACUCCAUAGGCAGCGAGCCUGUACGGCAGGUGGUGACGGCGGAACCUCUGCGAGGCGCCCGGCUGACCGUGAAUGGCGUGCCGGUCUACACCCGUGUGGAACUGAACCCGGGGGACCUGGUCGCCCUGGGGGAACACUACGUCUUCUUGUUCAAGGACCCGACCUCUGGAGCGCCAGAGAUCCCCAGGGAACUCAAGUGGUUAACGGGGAGAGAGUCCGCCGAACCUGACUACAUCCCGGUCUCGCAUUCCGUACAGACUUCUAUCGUGGAUGAGAAAAGUCUGCCGCCGGCCCCAAAACUGAUCCCCGAGGAACCCCCUCCUCCUAACCAGGAACUCACCAGUCCACACGAAAAACCAGAACUGAAGCCCGCGCCCAACCAGAGAGUUCUAGACUGGCAGGCAGACCGGGCGAGACUCAAACUCUGUUACCUUCCCGGAAAGGAGGACGAACUGUUGGAAUAUGUGACUACCAUGGUAACCAUGGAAGGUCCUGGGUACAAGCUGUCCCCGGCAUACCUGAUGUGUGCCUGCGUGGAAUAUUCCGCUAUGAUGGGAGACCAGACCACCACCAGGAAACUGCUGUUGAAGAUCUCCAGUCUGGUACAGAGCAUCGCUUGGGAGAGAACGAAGGAGAUCUCCAACAGACCAGGUGACAGACCCAGUGAUCCGAUCCAGGCCACAGAUGAGCUCCUCCCCCUGCUCAAGCCCAUCGUGUUCUGGAUGUCCAACUCGCUGGAGAUGCUGGCCUUCCUCCAGGCCCACCUGCCCGAGUACCUGUCGGCCCCGCCCGCCCACCUGCCGCCCAACACCCGCGCCUCCGUGGCCGUGGCCACCGAGGAGGUUCUCUCCUUUGUUCCGCAGACGCUGUACAUCGCUCUGCCGACUGUUCUCGACAGCAAUCCUUUCGCGGAGGACGAAAAACUGUCGGAAACUCCUGAAGCCGGAAGAAUCUCCGACAAGCCGAGCAGCCAAACCGUAGACGCUAUCACGUACGUCCUCCAGUCCACCUGGUCCAUCCUGCAGGACUGUCACCUGCACGACCAGAUGACGUCACAGAUGUUUGCCUACCUGUUCUUCUUCAUGAACGCCUCGCUCUUCAACACGCUCAUGGAGAGGGGCGCUGGGGGGCGUUUCUACAAGUGGCAGAAAGGCGUGCAGAUCCGGGGGAACCUGGACCAGCUGGAGGGCUGGGCGGCGGACACCGGGCUGGCCGAGGAGGCCGGCAAGUUCAUGGCCAAACUGUCCGCAGCGGUGGACCUGCUGGCAACGCCAAAAGUUCACCUGCUGCAGUCGGACUGGGCGUCGUUACGGCGGGACUUCCCUGCGCUGAACGCGGCACAGCUGCAGCAGGUGCUGGGGGAGUACCAGCUCGGCCCCGGCCGGCCCCGCCCCAGGGGAUGGUUUCCCCCACCGGAGGAGGUGGAGUCCGCCCUGAAAACAGCGGAUAUCCUGGAAAGCUUCAACAACCACCCGCCGCUGGUCCUGCCGAUCUCCGGCUUCCAACUGGACCUGGCCGCACCGCCCUCUCAACCGUCCUUCCGACAGUACCACGACGCCGUCUUGCGGCUGUUUGGGGAACUGCAGGCGACCAAAGCGGUGCCGAACGUUCAGCAGAAACCGGCGGUGGCGGACCCGGGGCUGCAGAUCCUGGUGAGCCACCAGGAGGCGCUUCUCAAGCCCAGUGCCACCUCCACUCCGCUCAAAGUAUCGUCUGUCGAUCCUCCCGGUACUCAGGGCACGUUCACGGCACGAGCGGUGUACAUCAGUGAUGACGACUCCCUACACGAAGGCGUUGCCGGCGGCGACCUCAGCGGCGUCAAGGAGGAUCCACAGAAUUACGUGGAGGUAAACGAAGACGUUGAAGUGACGCUAUCGUCCAGCGGUCUGCGCGUUCUGCCGGUCAGCGAAGCGACGUCCCUGGCGACCAUCGCCGAGCAUGACGUCACGCAGCCGAACGGGGCGCGGCCGGAAGGAAUCGUGGACGAAACUCCGCGUGGGAAACCUGAUGACGAGAGUUCCGGAAAUCAGAACGGCUCUUCCCGGAAGUCCUCCGUGGUGGGGUUACUGGAGGGCAUCCGGCGGGAGGAUGACGGGCAGGAUGAGGUUUUUGUGGUGGAUCUGGGGAGAGGUCCGACCGGGCUGGGGCUCGGGCUUAUAGAUGGGCUGUACACUCCGCUCAAGUCUCCUGGAAUCUACGUCAGAACACUGGUGCCGAACGGACCUGCGCACAAGGACGGCCGGCUGAGACUCGGGGACCGGAUCCUGGCAGUGAACGGCACCAGUCUGGUGGGAGCAGACUACCAGAGGGCGAUGCUGCUGAUCCGUAACGCCGGCGAGCAGCUGAGGUUCCUGGUGGCGAAAUCCGACAGCUCCGUGGCCAUGAAGAUCACGGCCUCAAGCUGCUGAUUAUGAGGGGGUCUGGACUAUCCAGAAUUGUUCCUGGUCAAGGUUCUGGAUAGGCGCGGACAAUCCAGAACUGGUCAUGGUCAUGGUUCUGGAUAAAGCAGCGUCGGUUCUGGAUAUGCUUGGAUGGGCUAUCCUGAACUCAGUGCCUGCUCAGCUUCGGGAUAAAGUACGGUUCUGGAUCAUGAUCCAGCAGAACAGUAUCCAGAACUGUGCCUGAUCAUGAUUCUGGAUAAAGCACGGUUCAAGAUAAGCGUGGACUUACUAGAAUCCAGAGCUGUGCCUGGUUCUGGAUUAAGCACGGUUCUGGCCGGAUUCACAGAUCUCAGCCACAUGCAUGAAGAAGUUCGGGCAGUCUUCCCAAACAACCUCACACUGACUUUCAUGUGAGGUUAAUUUACUCGUGCCAUGUGCCAAAUAUCCUCUCACACUUGUAUUUUCCCAGUGUUUUUAUGCCACAUAAUGAGCCACACGGUAAAACGGAGAACUGCUCUAACGGAGCAUCCAUGUUGCAAAGCUGUAAAUAAGUAAUUAUGUAACUUUUACUGUUUCCUGUUUAUGAUUCCUACGAAAAGCCACCUGAAAGCUGCAGGGCAGCACUUUAUGUUGUGUCCAAAAAUAACUGGAACAAUUACUGUGACAAUAUUCGCAGUCGACAUGCUAUUGCUGUGGUCAAAAUGGCGUCGAUAGCAUAAUGAAACAACAUAAACGUGAUUAAGUAAUUAUGGUACACACAGAACUGCACCCUUUGUGUAGUCUACAACUAGACUAGGAUAUAUGUAAAAUUAUCUUGCACCGUUUUCUUGGCAAAAUGUGUGAAAAAAAUGUUUAUAAUUAAUGUACGUUUGUGAUGUGACCUGUACAUACACAAUUGGAAGCAACUGUACAGUGACGUAGCGAUAGAAGAGUUGAUGUAUCGUUUUAGUACCGGCAUGUGACAGGUUGUAGCGAUAUUGUGACAAAAUGUCAUCACUGUGGCCAUCCGUCCUAACCUUGACUUUGAGAACUUUAUUUGUUGCCAAUGAGAUCACUGAUGUAAACUUGAGAUUUUGUUUUCCCAGAGGUUUAUACAAAGUCCUGCUGAAGAAUUUUGUAAGGAGUAAAUAUUUAUUGUUUCCACGGAGAAAUGUGUGUGGCUGUGAGCCGGUUUUUGUUCUUCUGUCUGUACUUUUGUUAAUAUUAUAUUAUAUACCAUGUUAAGUG